AUGGUUCGAGUAACAGGAAAUGAAGCCAGCAUGGUGCUGGUAAUGGGAGUAACGGGCUCGGGGAAGUCUCGGUUUGUGAAUCUACUGAGAGGCGGUUCAGUCGAAGAAGGGGACGGUCUUAUGUCCGUUACUCAAGAAUGCCAAAUCGUGCGCGUCAAGAUCGGUUCAGAGCUGGCCUACGUUGUAGACACUCCUGGAUUCGACGAUACUACAAGAAGCGAUGCCGAUAUUUUUGAAGAGAUUACGACUUUCCUGGCGACGCAGUAUGCGUCGGGGUUGGCACUCAAGGGUAUCACAUUCCUCCACCGCAUUACCGAUGUGCGCAUGCAGGGGAGCACCCUCAGCACUAUGACCAUGUUUAAGGAAUUAUGUGGUGAUCACGCUCUCAAAAGCGUCGUGCUUCUUACUACCUUCUGGGACAAAUUAUCCGAUAAGUCAAUUGGUGCCCGAAGACAACAAGAAUUACGACAGGAAUUUUGGCUUGACAUGACUGCGAAAGGUUCCCAAGUUCGCAGAUUCGACGGUAGCCGAGACAUGGCUGAGGCCUUGGUUAUGCGGCUAGUGGACAGGCCACCGGUGGUGCUACAAAUCCAGCGCGAUAUCAUGCAACAAGGGAAGCGCUUAGAAGACACAGGCGUCGGCAGGAAGAUUGCCACUAGGCUAGAUCGAAGCCUAGAAGAGAAGGACAAGGAACUCGAGGAUCUCGAAAAACAAAUUUCCAAAGCCUCAAAACGACGGUCAUCACGAGACCUAAAGCAGCUCGAAGAACGCCUUGGGAGAAAAUUAACAGAGCGAGAGCGUAUUUACGCUAGUCGACAAAAGCUGAAAGCCAGUUUGGGUCCAGAAAUCAAUGCGAAAGUCGAGAAACAGCAAAAAUCGUCGCCAAUUAUGGAUAAGAUUCAAUUCUUCGCUUCGAUUUUGGGCAUGACGGUGUCAGUGACGACAAACAUUGUCCUGCCACUGCUCGGCGUGGCAUUUUGA